GCACAAGCUCAGCCCUAAAUAUAUAAGUGCAACACCUACUAUUAUUCUGACCUGUUCUCUGUUAACAAGCAUUUCUGAUUGAUCUCAUCUGCCACACAACGUUUGCUCCUACUUUCUAGGGUUUUUCACAGAGCAAAAUGGCCAUGGCUGCGCUCCGACGAGAGGGGAGGCGUUUCGUCCCUCUGAUCUCUCCUCGACCAAUCUCCGCCGUCCAAUCCUCUCUCAUCUCUCAAGAACAGGCCCCUCUGGGAGUGCGCUCAAUUUCAACUCAAAUUGUCAGAAACCGGAUGAAGAGUGUGAAGAAUAUCCAGAAAAUUACAAAAGCAAUGAAAAUGGUUGCAGCCUCAAAACUUAGAGCUAUUCAAAUUAAAGCUGAAAACUCUCGUGGCAUAUGGCAGCCAUUUACUGCUCUUCUUGGUGACAAUCCCAGUGUUGACGUCAAGAAGAAUGUGAUCAUUACAGUUUCUUCAGAUAAAGGCCUAUGCGGUGGGAUUAACUCUACUUCUGUCAAGAUGAGCAAGGCACUGCAAAAGUUGACUUCUGGUCCUGAAAAGCAAAGUACGUAUGUUAUUUUAGGAGAAAAGGCCAAAGCGCAAUUCAUACGUGACUCAAAAAAUAAUAUUGAAUUAUGCAUCACAGAAUUGCAAAGAAAUCCAUUAAAUUAUACACAGGUCUCUGUUCUGGCUGAUGACAUUUUAAAGAAUGUGGAGUAUGAUGCUUUGAGGAUUGUCUUCAACAAGUUCCAUUCAGUUGUCUCAUUUCCUCCCACAGUGGCAACCAUUUUAUCUCCUGAGACUGUGGAGAGAGAGUCUGAAUCUGGGGGAAAUCUUGGUGAGCUAGAUUCUUAUGAGAUUGAAGGUGGGGAAACCAAGGGAGAAAUACUACAAAACCUGGCAGAGUUCCAAUUUUCUUGUGUCAUGUUCAAUGCUGUGUUGGAGAAUGCUUGCAGUGAGCAAGGAGCAAGGAUGUCUGCCAUGGAUAGCUCAAGCAGAAAUGCUGGCGAGAUGCUUGAUCGUCUCACACUUACUUACAACAGAACUCGUCAAGCAUCUAUUACCACUGAACUGAUCGAGAUUAUAUCUGGAGCGUCAGCACUUAAGGGCUAAUUGCAGACAGCCAACUUCUUGUUUAUCCGAUGGUGACGAAAUAAUGUGGCUUUUUUUUAUCCUAGAACUUCAAGGUGCCACUUUUGGGGAGUUUUUAAUUUUUUUUUUUGGUCAGCUGGGCUCACCCCUAUAAUAAUCAGAUUAUAGAUUUGGCAAUGAUGCCUCCAUCUGUGCAAGAAAAAGUAUAUACUAUUUAGGAACACAAUUAAUUUCUCAGUAAAUUAUUAUUAUUAUUUAGUUGUUUUUUUGCUUUGUGUUUUUGUUAAACUACAUAUCAAAGGGUUUAAAACUUUGUGAGCACCCUAAUAAUUACCCAGUGUCAAUCUUCAUGCUGGGAAUUAACAAUCCUAUUUGUGAUGGUUUUAA